AUGAUUUCAGUGGCUACAUCUAUACGGAAGAAGCGUUCUCAUGUAAACGUAAGUUCUACAGUACCUAACAAACGUCCACGAUUUGCGGACAAUCAACAAUCAACAUCAAGCUGCCGUAUAUGUAAGAAGACAAACCACUCAACCAACGAUUGCAGAUUUAAACCUUCGGAGGCUAAACCCGAAGCUGGCAACAAGGAUGAUAAAACACAAACCAUACCUACUUGUACUUAUUGCAAGAAACCAGGCCAUACAUAUGAAACUUGCUUCAAAAGGGGACGAUCGUUAACUUCAAACGUUAACUACGUAGCAAGCAAUAAGCUGGCUCCUAUCUCCAUCAAAAUAGGAGAAAAGAUAUUGCAAGCUGUGUUCGAUAGUGGAGCAGAAUGCUCAAUCAUGCGAGAAUCGAUUGCUAUAGCUUUACCUGGUCAGAGAAGCUCAGCAGUCAACUAUUUAAAAGGGAUUGGACAAUUUCCAGCACUAUCUUUAACUAAUCUUACGACCGUAUGCGUUAUAGACACCAUCAGUAUUGAGCUAGAGUUUUAUGUAUUACCUAACUAUGAAAUGUCAACAGAUAUCCUAGUGGGUAUGAACCUGAUUCAUGAUAUAAAUAUGAUAAUUACAACGAACGGGACGAAAUUAGUUCGUAACCCACUUGUCAAUCAUGUUAGUACGAAUUCCCCUAUCUUCAAUAAUUUGGACUGUGAUUUGACCAGCAAAGAUGAAAUCGCGCAACUACGUGGACUCCUGAAUAAAUACGAGCAUUUAUUUAUUCGUGGAUAUCCUAAAACUCGGGUUAACACCGGUGCGUUGGAGAUCAGACUGAAAAACCCGGAUAAAUUCGUAGAAAGAAGACCAUAUCGUCUUAGUCCAGUGGAAAGAGAGAAGGUUCGUAACAUAAUUCAAGAGUUAAUGGAACAUAACAUCAUACGUAAAAGCAAGUCACCCUAUUCAAGCCCUGUUAUCUUAGUCAAGAAGAAGAAUGGUGAUGAUAGACUCUGCGUUGACUUUCGAGAACUCAACUCGAACACUCUGCGUGAUCAUUACCCACUUCCGUUGAUUUCAGACCAGAUCCACCAGCUAGCAAAUGGUCAUUUUUACACAAGCCUUGAUAUGGCAGCUGGUUUUCACCAGAUCCCUAUUGCUGAGACUUCUAUAGAGAAGACCGCCUUCGUCACUCCAGAUGGGCUAUAUGAAUACCUAACCAUGCCGUUCGGUUUGAGUAAUGCUUGUGCUGUUUACCAACGAUGCAUCAACAGAGCUCUGACGUCAUUGCUGGGAACAGCUGCACAGGUCUAUAUGGAUGAAGUGCUGAGUAAAUGCGCAGAUUUUCCAGAAGGAAUAUCACACCUAGAGCGGAUUCUCAUAGCACUACAAGAUGCUGGAUUUUCCAUCAACGUCGAGAAGUGCAGUUUCUUCAAACGAUCUAUUGAAUACCUCGGAAAUGUAGUUUCUGAUGGACAAGUACGACCAAGCCCACGUAAAGUGGAGGCUCUUGUGAAAGAUCCGGUACCUAAAAAUGUCAAGCAGGUGAGACAGUUCAAUGGGCUGGCAGGAUACUUUAGGAAAUAUAUUCCUGACUUCUCACGUAUAAUGCUACCGUUGUACGAACUGACAAAACAAGGUGCAAAAUGGACAUGGACAGACAGCUACGAGAAAGCACGUAACACAAUCAUCGAAUGCUUAACGUCCGCACCAGUACUGACAUUAUUCCAGGAAGAAAAACCUAUACAACUAUAUACGGAUGCUAGCAGUCUUGGAUAUGGUGCAGUACUGGUACAGGUGAUUGAGGGGCGCCAACAUGCGGUUGCCUAUAUGAGUAUGAGGACCACUGAAGCAGAAAGCCGCUACCACUCAUAUGAGUUGGAAACGUUAGCAGUGGUGCGUGCUAUAAAACACUUUCGCCAGUACUUAUAUGGGCGAAAAUUCACGGUGAUAACAGACUGCAAUGCAUUAAAAGCGUCCAAGCACAAGAAGGACCUUCUACCGAGGAUUCAUCGUUGGUGGGCAUUCUUGCAAAACUACGACUUUGAGGUAGAGUACCGCAAAGGUGAACGUCUCCAACAUGCCGACUUUUUCAGCAGGAACCCUACUGAGUUUGCAGUCAAUAUUAUGACAAGAGACUUGAACUGGCUCAAAAUUGAACAGCGACGGGAUGAUGAACUGCGACCUAUAAUCGAUAACCUUAGUAAGGGUAACCCAGUAGAGAAGUAUGUCUUGGAGGAUAACGUCUUGAAGAAACAAUUAAACGAUCCUGUUUUUGGUCAACAACUUAGCACAGUUGUCCCCAAGGCCUUCCAAUGGAGUAUUAUCAACUCUUUUCACACCGCACUGAAACAUCCCGGCUGGGAAAAAACAUUACAAAAGAUCAGAGAAACUUAUUGGUUCAACAAAGUGAGUUCUACUGUCGGAAGAUUUGUAGACAAUUGUGUAAUAUGCCGAACAUCCAAAGGAAGAUCUGGUACUAUACAAGCCCAAUUACACCCAAUACAAAAACCAGUGGCUGCUUUCCAAGUUAUUCAUAUGGAUUUAACUGGAAAGCUAGGCACUCCAGAAGAUCAGCAGUACGUCAUAGUUACCAUUGACGCUUUCUCGAAGUACGUUCUGUUCUACUUCUCCAGCAACAAGAACCCACACAGUACAUUAGCUGCUCUGAAACGCACAGUACAUCUAUUCGGUAUACCUAUUCAAGUAAUAGUUGAUGGAGGAAGGGAGUUCCUAGGCGAGUUCAAAGACUAUUGCGACCACACUGGAAUAAAUAUUCACGCCAUAGCUCCAGGAGUUAGCCGAGCGAAUGGUCAAGUAGAAAGGGUUAUUGCAACUCUCAAAAAUGCAUUGGUUAUGAUUAAAAACUACGAAGCAGAGCAGUGGCACACUACGCUUGAGGAACUGCAAUUAGCAAUGAACUGUACAACUCAUCGUGUCACUGGCGUAGCUCCAUUGACACUUAUUACACAACGAAAGCAUUGUAUACCGCCCGAUUGUGUACGUGACAUUCUAACAUAA